GUUAGCUUUACUUAGCAACAAGAUGGCGAACGACGUGCUAACUUGUGUUGAUCAAUUAUUCCUUCCCGGUGAAAUUAUUCAGGAUUUGAAAGAUAUCGAUGAACAAGAGAAUAAAAUAGUGUUAGGGCCAGGAUUACGGGUUCAGGAAAAACAAGUAUUAGUGACAAAGCCUGGAAUUCUUCGUUUUAAAGAAAAUAACACCUACUGGAUUGACUGUCACCAACGUAGGUAUGUUCCUGUGCGAGGAGACCACGUACUUGGAAUCUGCACAAUGAAAGCUGGAGAUGUAUUUCGAGUGGACAUUGGAAGUAAUGAACCUGCAGGAUUAUCAUUUCUCUCUUUUGAAGGCUCCAACAAACGUAACAGACCAGAUGUGAAAGUUGGAGAUUUAUUGUAUGGCAAAAUAUUGGUUGCUAAUAAGGACAUGGAAUCAGAAAUAGUUUGUAUCAACAGUCAAGGCAAAUCAGCUGGAAUGGGUGUCAUCAGAGAUGGUGGAUUCCUCUUCACUUGUCCUCUACAUCUUGUACGCAAACUUUUAAAUCCUCAGUGUGUUUUGUUGAAGUCAUUGGGAAAAAACAUCCAAUUUGAAGUUGCAAUUGGCAUGAAUGGACGCGUGUGGAUCAAAGCAGCAUCAGCAGUAAAUACGAUAGCUGUAGCUAAUGCCAUAGCUUCUGCUGAACAUAUGACCAACAACCAGAUUAAAGUAAUGUGUCAGCGACUUUCUCAAGCUCUUGAGACUCAUUCCAAAGAAAACUCAGAACCAGAAAAAGAGGACUCGAUUUUAUAAAUUUUGUACAUAAAUCAAUUUUUUUACUAAAUAAGAA